UCUCUCUCGCGUACGCGAGCUUCGUUGUUCGCGGACAACACAAUCCCGUAAAAUAUACACAGUACUGCCUCGUUUCCCCUCUGCGCAAAUCUCGUAAAGUCAGGGGGGAAGAAUCAGCGCACGCAGUUUCUAGUAUACGCACGAUAGGUAUAUGUGAUCGCCGGUAUUGUUUGUGUACACAAAAGGUGUGAAUACCCUCGGCAAUCGAUGAGGGCGUCGAGGAAAACAUCAAAAACGACGCUUAGUCGUCCGCCAAGCGGCUGCAACGAAGGACGCGGCGUGCCUAUAUCUACUCCCUGGUGGACGCAUGUCGGCUACAAAGGAGCCUGAACCAGCGGACGACGAGGCCCUCAUCUCAUCAGCUGCACCCAGUUUAGCCCGAUAAUGGACGGACACCUCGGGAUGUCGCGAAACACGGGUCCCGGCUUGUACGAGUUUCUCAUGGAGGCAGAGCUACAACAGUAUUAUCCUGGAAUCAGAGGCGAUCUGAAAGUCCAGAACACGGCGCAGCUAAAGUACGUGACCGAGGAGGACCUGUGCGGCAUCGGGAUGACCAAGCCCGAGAUGCGAAGGCUCAAAAAGUACUUUCAAAAGCACUUUCCCCAAAACUACCUGUCCAAGUUCAAGAAGAUGCUGCUCCCGAAGAAGGAGGAACAGCUCCCGGGUAGCCUGACGAUGCUCCCGGAGGAGCGCCAGGACAGACCGCCCGUGCGCGUACCCAACAAACACAUGAUACCCGCCGAUGCGAUAAUCGUCAACAAAGAACUCGGAACGGGUGAGUUCGGUGUGGUGCAACAGGGAGUCUGGACAAACGACGGCGAGCGCAUCCAGGUGGCGAUAAAGUGCCUGUCACGCGAGCGCAUGCAAAACAACCCGAUCGAGUUCCUGAAAGAGGCCGCGAUCAUGCACUCGAUAGACCACGAGCACAUUGUGCGCCUCUACGGCGUCGUCCUCGACACGAAUUCCCUGAUGCUUGUUACCGAGUUGGCGCCCCUGCGCUCGCUCCUCGAGUGCCUCAAGGAGCCGAGCCUGCGCGCCAGCUUUCCCGUGCCCUCGCUCUGCGACUUUUCCGUCCAGAUAGCCGACGGCAUGCAGUACCUGGAGGCCAAAAGACUGAUACACCGGGAUCUCGCUGCCCGCAACAUACUCGUUUUUUCCAAGAACAAGGUCAAGAUCUCCGACUUUGGGCUCUCGAGGGCCCUCGGCGUCGGCAAGGACUACUACCAGACCAACUUCAACGUCAAUCUCAAGCUGCCGAUAGCUUGGUGCGCCCCCGAGUGCAUAUCCUAUCUCAAGUUCACCUCGGCCAGCGACGUUUGGGCCUAUGGUGUCACGCUGUGGGAGAUGUUCAGCUAUGGCUUCCAGCCGUGGGCCGCGCUGACGGGGCACCAGAUUCUCGAGGCGAUCGACGAGCCUAACUUCCAGAGACUCGAGCAACCGGACUGUUGUCCCAAGGACUAUUUCAAUCUUAUGCAGCAGUGCUGGCAGCACGAGCCGAACAAGCGUCCCAAGUUCUCGGAGCUCAUCUGUCUGCUGCCUGACCUCAAGCCCGAGCAAGUGCAGCCGGUCCAGGACAACUCGGAGAUCGGACAGCUGAAUUAUCGCCAAGGCGACGUCAUUACGGUGCUCGACAAGGGCACUGCCAAUACGGCGCUCUGGAAGGGCGUCCUCAACAACGGCAAGACUGGACUAUUCAAUCCAGCGCACACGAUAGCCUACCUGGGCAACAAUUUGCCGAGUAACAAGCCCGGAGAGUUCACUCGAGGUGACGGCAAGAAUAUAUUCUCGAGAAAAAUACGCACAGACAUGAUUUCCUCUCCCCAAGGGGACCUAAAGCACACGGGCCACGUUGGCUUGGACGGGGCUUACUUUGGGGACAUAAGUUUUCUCGGAGGCAAGUACACGCACUUGCCGCGCCAGGUUGUGACUCCGUACAAACCGCAGGAGGACGCGACCGACAAUAAUUCUAGUCAGUUGGCGAGUCAGGACGUUGUGAUGAGAAACGUGGACAGGGACGGAAAUCGGGAGAGCAGGAACAUGCAGCACGUGUCGCGUGACUCGCAAAACAAACAUGAUAGCAUAUGGUCGGAAACGUGUUCGGACAUGUCGCAGUUGAACUCCGGAAAUGCGUCCAAUAACAUGACAUCCAGUAUGGUAAGCAGUACCGACAGCAGUACUAUUUGCGGCGAUCACGAGUAUCACGAAAUCAGCGACGAAGAGAAUCAGGACAGCCCUUUGCGAUUCGAUAAGCCUCUUAGCUUCGAUUUCGGCCCUAGUCUCCUGGACGAGAUGGAUCAAAUGUUCCGAUCUCUAGGAUCGUCACCGCCGCCCCCGCCGCCGCAAAGCCAUGCAGUGCCAACAGAGCACGAAUCGAGUAAUGCCAGAAACGAACUUCGGGAAAUUCAGGCGAAACAAAGCUCAAAAAAGAAACAAGCGACCGUGAGUCCAAUAAACGUGAAGCCAAUAUCGGCGGCCGAUCAGAAAACACUGUACUCGGCGAUUGCGAUGGCCCAGGAAUUGACGGCCCGUUCCAUGACGGACCUCGAGCAUUCCCAGGACGCGCUUCACUCGCCCCGUACACCCGCUAGUCCCACGCGACGGCGAAAGUUCUCAUUUAAGUUGCCACACCAACACAGUCCAAAACCCGACAGACGACACUUUGCCGAGGAGGCUGCAAGUAUACCUGACAUUCAGUGGCUUUGCACGAGCUUACAAUCCCUGUCCUCGACCGUAUCCAGUAUAGAAUCCUUGGGCGCGCCCUCAACCCUCAAACUCCCCCUCUGGGACAAGGCCUCUGCCGAGUUCUGUUUCGCCAAAUCUCGCGAACUCCUGACGAAACCUAGUGCCUGGACUUACGUGGACGACGAGUACGACGCCCAUAUUCUAAACAACGCAUCCAUGAGACAGAAUCUCGUAAAAUCGACCGAGUUCCUGGAGAACGGCAAUGGCCACCGAAAGAGCAUCGCCAGCUGUCUGGAGUUCGAGGUGCAGCAUCACCAGCACCAGCAAAACGGAAAAGCCCACGGCAACGGCGUGAAUAUCGAUUUUUCCCAAGAGCCGAAGCGCGUCUCCACCAGCUACGUGGAUCGCUACUUCGAGCAUCCCAAGUAUACGGACGAGGACGCCUCCGUGGACGGCGACGAGAUAUCGUACGAGGACGAGCAGAAGAUCAAGGAGCUCGAGCAGUCGUGCCGCAACGCUUUCUUGGCCAAUUUCCCGGAGUUUGGCAGGAUGCUCAGCGAAAACCAUCGAGCCGCUCAGGCAAGCAGAGAGGCCGAGUCGUCCACGAAAAUUGUCCAGCUCAAGUACGACACACUUGCCCACCUGGAUCUGGGCACGAGGCCCAAAGCCACGAACAGCGAUCCGAUAGCCAAGGUGAGCAUGAACGAGCCGUCGAACGCGCAGGAGCUGCAGCAGAGAGCUUUCCUGGGCAGCAGUCCCAGGCACCCGAACCACGAUCUCCAGAAGAACAUGUACAGUGGCUCGUCGGACAGCAUGAAGACGACAGUGCCGGACAGUCCGCGCUCGAACCUGGAGGCGGUGAGGAUCAACAUUCAGAGCUACAGAAAGUACAACGAACAGAGCAGAAACGGGCAUCACCAGAACAACGGCCACGAGAGCGGCGGUCACUACCCCUACGCCAUAUCCAACAAUCCUCUGUUCAUGCUGGACAUGGAAAAGCGAGAUUCGCCGCUCUACAGCAGCUCGGAGAGCCUCAACGUAAACUGCGUCCAGCGAGCCCGCAGAAUGUCCGACGUCGAGCUGAACUGCAACCGCUCGAUGGAUCAGAAGCAGCAGCCACACAUAAACUUCAAGCCCGCGGGGGACAAGCGCCAGCGCGAGAUCAUAGGUCUGGAGUACGUGAAGAACUACUUGGACUCCAAGAAGAACCAGUCGAGCUUGAACCUGGGCUUUGGCAAACUCACCCAGAACAUGAUCCAGCUGGGCAAGAGCAUCGCGCAAAACACCAGGAACACGGUUAACUCCUCGCCGCGCAACAGCUCGAACAACCACGUGACCCCGCCGCCCCAGAAACCUAACCACCUUGAUCUGAGCUUGCCCCUGCACAACAGUUCCACCAAGCAGCUGUCAGUGAGUCCGACGAUCCAUCAGCGCAUCCUGGAACCACCGAAGCUUUAUCAGAACGACCGGAAGAUCGCGAGCAUUGCUAAAACCGAGAUAUUCGUGGAGAAGCUUCAGUCGACGACAACGACGAGCGUCUUUCGGCCGCGGACCUCGUCCCUCUCGGAGAACCGUCGGCCGCAGCUGAAGCACCUUCGGCGCUCCUUUCACCAAGGAGCUAACGACUCGAGCGAGGACUCGGACUCGAUCUCGCACUCGGAGACGGACAUCCGGAGCAGACUGAGGCUCAAGCGCCGCCACCGGCGUAUGUCUCACAAUCUGCGGUUCAACUUCAAGAACCAGAAGGCCGCCGCCGCAGCUGCCGGCCAUCAGAAACAGCAGCACGCGAAUUUCCUGCACCCGGACGCGGCUCGUGGUUUCUCGAGUCUCGAGCUGAGCGGCAAAUCGCCGCCACCCUCGACGAGCUUCCUGAAUUCUCUGUCGCCGCCCUUCUCAACGCGAAACAACAACGUGGUGGCGACCUCCUGGCCUGAGAGCGCGCCCAGCUCUAGCAUCACCUUUACCAGCAACUCCGAUCUCGACUCUGACACCAGUUCCGAGUAUCCCGAGUUUAGCAGUGACGUGCUCACCUUCCCUCCGUCCCCGGCUCCCUAUUGGUUGUUGUUCUAUCUAUCUGCUCUUGCUUUUCACUUCGAUUAUGAUUUCGAUUAUUUUACGUUGGCACCGUCCGUUCGUAACGUCAUACGCCUCUACCCUUUCCCCCGGCUGUGUUGUGUUCACCAGGCGACACUUUCUGACGAGGCAAAGGAGGUGUACAACAGCUUGGUCGAGACCUCGGCUGCCGACACUCCCGACACCAAUCCCUUGAGGAUGCUGCGCUCGGGUCUGCCGAUCGUCAGGCCUCGCGUGCGCGGCAACAAGCACACAUCAUCCCACAGCGUCAGCAACGACGACGAGCACCACCACCACCAUCACAAGUUGUUCACUUUACAGAGCAGUGCUCGAAGUUUCCAGCUGGACAGCGCACACCGGCAUAGCAGCGGCGCUCGCACUUUGCCCAAGCUCAGAAUACCGGCACCCUCGCAAGCCCCCCCGCCGGUACCUAGUCAAGCGCAGCAGCAGCUGAUGCACCGACACCGCUCGAUGGAAAUCGAGAACAACCAGAACCAGGGCAACGUCAACAACGACGAGAACCCGAUACCCCUGCCGCCGCGCGAUCGCUCCAAGACCCUGCAGCCCAAGUCGAGCCUACCUCGUCACCAGAGAAAACAUCCGCUCAUCAUACCUGGUGGAGUCACCAGGACGCUGGCUAAAAUACAAGCUGUCUCCAGUUCGGCGAUGGAGGAUCAGGUCGAUGGUUUUCACGGGCCGACCGACGGUGAGCAGGAAGUCGUGGUCACCGCAGCUGACAAGACAACGAACCAACUUGUGUCCGGCUCCGAUGUUGAUCAGUCGGAGGCUACGGUCAGCAGCAGCCCGGAGGAGUUUGAAAGGAGAAUCGACUCGGAACUUGCAGCCCUUGACUCCCUGCCAGCGGAAGACACGAGGAAUCACCGCUGCAGCGUCAUAUCCGAGGAUCUACUUGAGUUUUCCGAGAAUCUCAUAGAUUGCAUGGAUACGAACGAUAGCGAGGACGACGACACUGUUGCCGGCAGUCCUGAAAUCUCUAAUGUUCCCGUUGUCGAGCAAGUCACGCGGAAGGUCACAGCUGAGAUUUCGGAGGAUGCCGACGAGCUUAGUCGUAAUUCAACGCCCACCAAUGGCAACUCGAUUCACAGCAGGGUAAAUUCGCAGUCGUCGGCUGAGCAAAAGCUCGAGAAGAGCGGCGACCACGUGUCGUGCGAGGAUCUCUUGGAAUUUGCCUGCGACGGGCCGAAUUCCCGUCGCACUCGUGGACCACGCAACGGCGAGCAAUCGGACGAGGUGAGAAUCAUGCUCAAAGUGUUGGGCGAGCAGUCGACUCCAGAAUCGUGCGUGGCAGCUCUGAACGUCACGAGCUGGGACGUCGUGGCAGCUAUAAAAUUAGAAAGACUGCAAGGCUUGCUGAAGAAGGAAAAUAAUUUCGUGGGCCUCGAGGACUGCAAGGUGAUGUUGAACCAGUGUGGUGGAGAUGUCGUGAAAGCUGCUGCACUGCUAAGGAACACUGACGACGUGAAAGCUGUAUAGACGUACGAGUUUCUUUCCAACCUGAGAAGCAUUUUUUAACUGCAACUCUUACCCCGUAAUCUUUUUGUUAUCAAUGACGUAAAAACAAAAAUAGCACUGCUAUUAAAAAAAAAAUGUGACUCAGCAUGGACCCGAUCUUCCGUAAAAUUAGAAUUAGUUUUUGUACUUUUGCGGUUUGCUUUAAUUUAUUGCAGUUUUAAUAGUACCUCAUAUAUAUUUUGUCUUGCGGACUAUAGAUAUACGAAAUGUACAAAUUGCGCACAAUUUUUAUGAAAUAAGAAAAUGACUAUAGAGACGUAAGAUAAUACUCGGACUAAAGCAAAAUCAGGUGAGGCCUUUAAGUGUGCUUUUUUAGAAGUUACUGAACCCUAAGGAUUUUUAAACGUACACUCAGAGUGAAAAAGACAAAGUAAAGGUCGAGACAAAACGCCAAAUAGUUUAGAAGUUGUUUGUGUUCAAUGUCAUUUUUAUAGCCCAUCGGUAUUCAACGUAGAAUCGUUUUUUUAAGUACUUUAUUGAAUCCCUAAAGCAAUAUAAAUAAUACAUCGUGUUUUUUAACGUAAUUUAAGGUUGUACUGAAAAAGCUUUUAGGACAAUAUCGACUGCGAAACAAUUUUGCCUUAGAUAUAUAUUUUGUGCCAAUUUUUUUAGAGCCUUUUUCCCAACAUUGAUAAUAAUUGCUUCAAAGUAGUACGAAUCGAAUAUUCACCUAAAUUAGGUGAAGCUUAAUUAUUACAAUCAUUUUAGCUGUUAAUGUUCGUUGAAUUAUCUUGAAAAUCCUUCAAAUUCAUUUUAGAUCUCUACAAAGUUACAAAGAAAAAUCUUUCCCCACAAACGAGUCUACAGUCGACUCGUAAAAUAAUCCCUUCAAACUAAAAGAAUUUUUUUGUUUCAAUUCACUGUUGUCACUUUGCUAGCCUUAUAUCUUGUCUUUAUAUAAAAUUCGGAACAUGAAACAGUCAUCGAUGCUGUUAUUUGCUUAUUGAUAUCUGAGUCUUGUCAUGAAAAAGUUUUUCUAUCUUGACGGCAUGAGUAGCCUCUUCCACAGUAAGUACUCCUUUAAUUUUUCAGCACCUGAUUGUAUAAUCAGAUUGAAGCAUAGCAUUGUGAGAAAUAUUUUUUCAAUAAUUGAUCACCCUGAUGAUGAAAAAUACGGAAAACUCGCAAAAUUGACGGACCUACUCAUUACACAAUAGAAAUUUAACGAUAAAACAUGAUUAAACUAACAUUAAAGAACAAUUUGCCUUUGCUGAGUAACUGUUGUUUAUAAAAAUAUUGUCUAACUUCGUUUGUAGCAAUUAAGCAAAAAAAAAACCAAAAUCAAGCAAGCGAUGUCCUCAUGGAUUAUACAAUAAAUGUAGUGUUUGUACUCAUCUACGAUAAAUAAAGACACCGUAUGAACUAUUUUUUAUCAAUCGUAGACAAUCGGCUUUAUAUAAUGAUGGAUCGAUAAUCAGAAGAAACUCGUAGAGAAAACGUUUUCUUCGGACUUCCUAGUAGACAUUAGACCGAUGCACUCAGCAUCAAUUUUAGAGAGCGAGCGAGCGAGCGAGUGAGUAAAAGAGUGUGCGAAAGACCUUUUUGUAUUAACACAUACAUACACGUUUUUGUUCCCUUGCGUCAAUUAGACACGACUCAUCCGAAGGUAUAUAUGUAUGUUAUACAUAUACGGUCGCUUAGACGGUAUACAAUAAUACAAUUAAAUGUUUGCGCUGCAUCUAAGACAGCAUGAUAUUUAUAAGUCGGUGUGUAACAGUAUACGCACUAUAUUAUUGUGCGGUGAAGAGGAGCGAGAAAAAAAGGUUUUAUAUCAAUUGUAUUUACGUAAUAUAU